AACUGUCUUUCUUUAACUGCAGUUUCAUUUUAUGCGGGCGGUUUCUUUAACUACACUAAUUACUCUGUCUUGACUGGCUUGUGCUAAUAAAUCCACUGCAGUUUCCAAACACUGCAAAAUGACUCCAGUGAUUCAAACCUUUUAACGCAGAUGAGCCUUCCAGAAGACUUCAAAUUAUGUGCCAAAUUUUCAUUCUAGAUACUUUUAGGUUUGCUGGAUUGUAGUCCGAUUGGUGCAAGAUUGGAAGUCGUUCUCGGCUGCAUAACUUGUUGCUAACUGCUUGGAGGCACCACUUCAAAUGCAAAAUUAUGAUGAUCUGUGAACUCGCUGGAUAAGAUCAUAAGUGAUAAGUUCGCUAGUUUUACUUUUAAGUUUUAACUGUAAUUAUUCCGCUUAUUACUGUUGCUUGUUGAAUCUGGAUUAUUUCGGCUAUCGAAGUUGUCUGUAUCUUAUCGCUAACAGACUGAUCAUGUCGAAGCAGGCUCCUCAUCGUCAGAAGUCCAGAAGACCUCGUGUCACUGAAUCGUGUUGUGUUGACUGUUGAUUCGCGCGUGGAUGGCAUGCUAAUCUGAAGCACCAUCCAUCCAUACACAGCCGCGCAAUGUCCUACUUCCAGCGCCUAUCCGACACCAGUCCCUCCUUCCCCGCGGAAUACUACACCCCCGCCUUCGUCCGCUCCCUCAUCGCCGCCGUGUACCAGCACGGGAAACCCCUGACCCCGCAGGAGAAUCUCUUCCUCAUCUCCCUGCCCCGCCACUCCACCGGGCUGCACAUUGCCCACGAUCUCCUGACCAGCAGCAAUGCGAACGAAGCCUACCAGCUGCAGUUCGCCGCGCAUCUCCUAACCCAGUCCCUGGAGCACACCCCCGCCAUCCAGCUGAGUCCGCAGCUGCUGGAGCAUCUGGUGCAGUUGCUGCUGCAGUUCUACCAGGCGGAUGAUAAUCCCGUGGCGGAGAAGGUGUGUCGACAGUUGUUGGCCGGGGUGGGGAUGCUGGUGCGGAUGAAACCCGACUGGAAAGUGCGAUUUCGGGCAGUGGCGCGGGCGCUGCAGCCAGAUUUUUUCGAGACCCACCAACCCCCGCCCAAGGCGCUUAAUGUAUUUUUUGUGUUCGUCAAGUUUAAUACACUGCGGAACCGAGGGAGUGAGUCGACUGAGUGGGAAUGCGUGGAGAUUGUUGUGGAUUAUUUUAAUCAGCUCCUCAAUGCCCAGAUGAACAUGUACACGCCGCACCAGGUGAAAUACCUGCGAAUCCUCUCCGACUGGUACGCCGAGACCAGCCAGCGCUUCGGCACCCCCACCGAACACUUCGGCCAUCUCGUGCUGCGCAUCGCCCAGUACAUCGACUGCCCCGCCCGCCAGUCCUUCCCGUGGGGGGAUCUGCAGAUGCAGGCGGUGGAGACGCUGGGGGAGUUGCUGCAGAAUCCCGAUAUCCAUCUACUGCAGAACAGUCUGAUUGAAUUGCUCCGCAUCAUCCUGCAGUUUCCCAUGAAUGAGCGCGUCCAGACCUUAGUCCAUAGUGAAGGCGGUAUGGAAGCGGCCUACAGCUAUCUGGAGACGAUUGCCCGGGUGCUGUUGAAGUUCAGUUUUGAGUUUGCGGAUAUUGUGGUGGCGUGCUCCGAGGACGAGAAGACGCGGGGACUGUUCUACGAGUAUGUGCGGCGGUUGUGUGUUCUGAGUGAACCGUUUCCGGAGAAGAACGGCGGAUGGGAUGGGGAGGCGCGGUUUUCGCAGCAGGCUAUUUUGGCGUUCAGGGAAUUUCUGAAUCUUAUCCACGAAAUGUGUGGAACGGGUUCGGAAGUAUCGGAACGACUGCUUCCGGAUUUCAAGAUUUUCUUCGGUAUUUUGAUCAAGAAAGCCUGUCUUCCCCCGCCGGAAAUGAUCAAACAGUGGAAUCAGGAAGAGCGGGAAUCCUUCGCCAGCUUCCGUGCGGAUAUUCAACUGACGAUGGAAGCCUUCGCAGCGGCUGUCGGGACCACACUGUAUGAAUGGUUUGGAGAAGAAUUCGAUGCCUGUCUGAAUAACAUGCAGCAUAAAGAUGCUCAAAUCCGAUUGACAGCGUUAUGCCAUUUAUUGCGCUUCUCCUACAACGCUCAUCUCCCAUCGGAACUGAUAACAGCGCUCUUCGAGCAUUUAGACAAAUGCAUGAAGGUGGCCAGUCGAGAAGUAGUUUGUGAGGCGUUCGCGGCGAUGGGCGUGUGGAUCCCGUUGUUGGCGGAGACGAAUAAUCAGGCCAUUGUGCAGAAUGUGAUUACCAUAGCGUUGUACGGGAUGCGGGAGAAGGAUGUCCAGUUAACCGGGGUCUGUGCCACGGUGCUGACGGCGGUCGCUGAUGUGGACGUGAAAGAGCUGCUCAGGAGCUAUGCAGAUGUCGCGGAAUGUAUUAAGAUGAACCUUGUGGGAAAAGUGGGAAACCGAAUAAGCCUAUUAUCGUUAUUCGCAAUCUGGGGACACAUGAUCGCCUCUCUCGUGCCGGAGAACGCUGUGCCGGAAGUCGACGGCGUGUACGAUGUGUUUGACAAGAUGCUCCAGUCUGUCCCAGCGAAUGAGAAGCAGCGCCUCUUGAAGACGGCCAGUCUGUUUCCGGCGUUUUUCCAAGCUCUCGGACGGCACAUGGAAGACGAGCAACUGCCGGGCGCGUACCGGGUGUACGAAGCUAUCGCCCGGUUGGGUUUGCGUCUACUGGAUGCGCUGCAUAGUCGGGGAGUGUUCGGUUGGAAUGAUCCCAAGUUGACGGUGGAUGAUACCUUUGCUGAUCUCAUAAAGCCGUUGUUAUGCGCCGCUGGACCGGCAGUCGGGAAUAUUCUGCAUGUAGUGGUACCCUUUGUGGAGAACAGUCUGUCCAGACGGCCGACAGCCGGAAUUAUGCGGUGUAUUGUCGAGUUGCUGACAAAAUAUCUGGAUCGUCCUGGUUGUGAGGAUUUAUUUGCCCGUUUGACGAUGCACACGAUUAACUCUGUGAUGACGCUGUCGGAGGCCACCGACUGGAUGGACCAUUUCAUGGUGUAUCGGCCGUUCGUGUUGGCCAUUUAUCCUGUUGUUCGACAGCAGCCGAUGCUGUUCUCCCUGCAGCCUGUUCCCUGGGAGAAACUGAUUGCGUUUGUUGCCAAAUUAAUCUGCACACCACCGAGUGGCGAUGAGGAAUCACAAGUGCAAAUUAGUGUAUUAUUUGAGGAGCUGCUGCGAAUGAAGCCGCCGAAAACCGUCCUGAUGAACGGGGAAAACCACUUCAAGACUCUUGUAGUGUCCAGUUAUGGAGAGAAAUUUAUUGAACAAUUUUUGCGGGUUUUUCGCAAUCCAUACGCUCAUGACGCCGAGGUGAAGGUGUGCUGUGAAUGUUUUUACGCCAUGUUAGCCGAGCUGCCGGCGGAGACGAAGCACUGGAUCGAGAGUGUCAUCGCGGCGGUGAAUCGGGAAGAAACCUGCGAUCCCAACAUGGCCUUUGUCAAACUGCUGUCCAGCAUUCUGGCGCAGCGCAGUAAGUCGGGUGUGGCGCGGCAAGUCAGCACGUACCGACAGAAAUUUAUCCUCAUACCGGGCGUCCUUGGGCAAUAAAAAAGAAGUCAGAAUUAGCGAUAAUUUAGUGAAUUAUUGGUAAUUGCCGGGUGGUUGGUUGUGACCGGUUUUUGGUGGUAUUAUGUUUGUUAGCUUUUAAAGACGGUGAAUUUGGAUCGUUUUAGUGCUUUUUUAAUUUUUUACUUUCUUAGAAGCUUCUGGAAAAUACGUCGGUGAGCUUGUUAGUGGGAAAUAAUUCUGUUCUUACGUGAAAAUGUGGUAUCUUGUCGUUGAUUCUGGAAAAUAACGCUUUUGUAUUCCGCCAGCCAACCGAAGUGAAGUCGAAUUAAAUGGCGGACUGAUCAUUCUCAGAAUCCCAAUGAAUA